AGGAGGGGUCCAGGAAGCCAGAUGAUGCUGUCAGGAGGAAGAGGAGGAGGAGGAGGAGGAUCCUGUCCGCCGGCAGCAGCAGCAGCAGCACCGAGCUGCUCUCCAUCCCAUGUGCUUGGAAUAAAAAAAGAAAAUGGGCUCGGAUUCGGACAUGUGCCGCUAGAAAACCAGCUCCAUGUGGCUGAUACUUCUCUGAAAUCUAAUUUACCCGCAGCUGGAACAGACAGAAGUGAGAAUAUUUCUAUUUAUCACUCUUUUUUCUUUUCCAUCAUCAUCCGCGCUGAUGGAGGGAUGCGAGGAGGAGAAGAUGCAAACUGAGUGCAACAGACUGACGGAGGAGAGAGACGAGGCCGAGAGGCAACUCAAACACAUCAAGAGAGUCUCUCAGAUGGUGAUUGAGGAGGUGAGCGUUCUGCAGACUCAGCUGGAGAUCGAGAAGUCUUGUCGGGAGAAUGCAGAGGCCCUGGCCACAAAGCUGAACUGUGAGAACAGAAAGCUGAAGUACCUGAGCAUGUCUUCUCGGCCGUGUUUGGACGAGCUGCUUCCCAGCAUUACCGACUGCAUCGCCCUGGAGGCCGACGCUGCAGACGCUGCAGACGUUGCCGACAGCAGCCCCGACAACUUCAGCCAGUACCAGCAGCAGGUUAAAGAACUGAGGGAGACGGUGAACAGCUUGUUGGAGGACAAGAAGAAUUUCAUGUGUCAGAUUCACGAACAGCAGCGACGGAUAGAAGAGCUGACUGCACAGUCGGAGAAAGAUCAGACGGAGAUGAAGCAGCUUCGUGAAACAGUCGACCAGCAAAGCAAAACCAUCAAGAGAUUCAACAGAGUCUCCAUGAUGGCGGCUCAGGAGUACGACGGCAUGAAGGAGCAGCUUGACUUGGAGCAGAGCCUGAGAGUCCAAGCUGAGACGUACGCCCACGAGAUGCUGGUGAAGCAGAAGGAGGCCAACAGGCAGAGCAUGCUGCUGCUGCAGAGUGCUGAGCCCAGCGUUCAGCUUCUGAAGGCUCUGGAGGACGUCGCUGCUGUCACCAAAACCCUGGAGGAGGAGCGUCUGCAGCAUCAGCAGACGGUGCAGAGCCUGGAGGUCCAGCUGGAGCAGAGCUGUGUGAAGAAGCAGCUGGAGACUCUGCAGAGGCAGCUGGAGCUCCUGGAGGUCGAGAAGAAGGAGGUGGAGGGACGACUGGAGCAGACGGAGAAGAAGAACGAGGAGCUGGAGACCAGAGUCUCUGAGCUGCAGGAGAGCCAGAAAAAGAUCGCCAUGACGACCAGCGAGAGCCCCCCUCCUCCUGCACCUGGGGUCGCACCGCCUCCCGCCCCUCCCCCGCAGCCACCUCCUCCACCUCCCCCUCCGCCUCCCCCUCCCCCGCCGCCUCCCCCCUCGAGAUGCAACCCCCUCAGUUCUCUCAUAGCGAUCAUGAGGAAAUCCUCCAAAGGCUCCAAAGCCUCUGUGAAAGCGGAACAGCCUCCAGCUGCUGAGGGCGUGGACGAGGUGAAGGUGAAGGCGGUCAACGAGAUGAUGGAGCGGAUCAAGCACGGCGUCGUGCUGCGGCCCGUCAAGAGUCAGGACACCAAGAGAGUAGCAGUAAAACAGCCCCCAGCCUGUGAGGAGAAACAGCAGGAGAGCGCCAUGGACGAGCUGAAAGGCAUCCUGGAGACGGUGAAGAGGAGCCCCAGCCGAGGCUCCCAGGAGUCGGGGCCGUCGCCGCCGGGUAAGAAGGACAGCGAGCUGGAGGUGAUCCUGAGACGCCGACGCAACAAGGCUGGAGAGGCCGGCUCUGGAGAUGAGGGCCAGAUGAGCCACGUCUCGUCCUCCGACAGCCUGAACGGACGGCGCACCAGCAGCGACUCGGGCAAAGAUCCGGAGGUGCUCGGAGGACUGAGCGUCCCCUCCGAUGGGCCGGGGCCCAAAGUCAGCCCGGAGAGACGGGGCUCGGGGCCGGGGCCCGUCGUGGCUCGGAGGAGGAGCUCCGACUCCUGCAGGGAGAGGAGAUCCUGUAGCUCUCUGCCAGAGAAGGAAACGGCAGAGUCUCCUGUCAGCAACGGCUGCAUCAACAGCGUCGGGGAUGAGGAUCAAAUCGAAUCGAACGGCGUCGCCCACGCAGAGCCCAGCAGGGAUGUCCUCGCCGAGCCGGUCAACGGCAGCACCGGCAGCACCGACGCCGAGUGCUAGGAUGGACUCCGAGGAUCCCGGGUUUUGUUUCUGCAGCCUGAUCAGUGCAUUAAUUGAGCGAUCAGAUCGGGCGCUUUAGGGACACCUUUGCCUUUUUAGCUCACUGGAUCAGAGCCAGAAUGAAAAUGUUGACUCUGUAUUUAUGUUUCUCAGAUUUACUCUCAACUGUUUGAACCAGUCGGGCCUGCGGUCGCGGCUCACGAUAUCGUAGUUAAAGGCCAGAUUUCCUGAAACACGGGUUUAAAUGUUCCUACAUGGAGUUCAGACGUGUUCAGCCGUUGUAGAAAGCUUCCACCGUGUCUGUCGCUUGUGUGAAUUUAUAGCAUUUUUCAGCUAAAAUCUUCAGGCGUGAAUUAGCAGGUAGAAUUAAAAUUACCGGAAAAAAAUCAACUCAGUGGUUAAAUAGCUGUCUGCAUGUUUAAUAUUCAUAAUACCUCCUGUUACUGGUCUUUCAGAUUCUGGUAAUAGGUGAGGUUUUCCAUGAGAAGAAUACACGUCAAACUGCCACAUGUGGGGGCGUUCUUACCAAUGUAGAUCUGAUCUAAAGAAACAGAGCCAGAAAAGGUCAAAAAGGAGUCAGACAACAUCAAAACUGUGGAAAAGUGAUUUAAAACACCGUCGUUCUGCACAUAUUCAUCUAUGUCUGGGACAUUAAGCAAAAUAUUUGCAACAAAAUGCGAUGCAACCUGACAGGACUGGUUGCUCAGGUUUGAAACGCUGGAAGUCAGAGGGCCAGUUUACACGACGACGCUUUACAGUGACGCCGUGCCGCUAUCUACAAUCAUACAGAAAUCUUCAACAAAUCAGUGUAUCCAGACUAUAAGCCGCAUCACUGCCCAAAUCUAAUCACUUGGUCCUUGUGCCAUUUUUGACCGUCCCUGAAAAUUUCAUCCAAAUCUGUUAGUCCGUUUUUAAACAGGCGUGAACUAACCGUGAUGUCACCCGUUGGUUUCAACGCCGAGAAAAUGAAGCCCGGAUUUUGCUACUUCCUGGUCGCCAUUUUGGAUUUUUUGGAGCCAGUGACGUAAAAAGCGUCAUCAAACAGACUGGACCGGAGAGCAACUAGAGCAAGGAGUCUAUGGGUGGGCCAGACUGAAGCCAGACUGCUGAAAGCCUCGCCCUAAAGGAUCUGUCAAUCAUUCCAGACAAGACUGUCUAUCAAGUAUAGCCACGCCCCCUGGCUCUGCCAACUUUAACGAUUUAUUUAAAAUUCAGUAUUGAUUUAUUUUAAGAUCGGCCACCUGAUCUCUCAUUUUGACCAUGAAAACUAACGGGGGAAAAAUCCUGAGCCGUAGAACAUCAGUCUAUUAAAUUUCAUUUUUUCCAAAAAUGAAUUGGGGUCUCUGGAGCAAAAGCUUUUUGGAGCCAACCCUAGUGGACGGCGUGAUAUUGCAAGUUUUUGACACUUCCGGGUGGGCUUCAUUUUUGGAGCCAGAUGCUACGUCCAUCUUUAUAUACAGUCUAUGUUUUUAAGUAACGUUGCUAACAGACAAACAGACAAACGUAUGCCGAUCGUAGAGUCUCCUGAAUUUAUUGAAUCUCCUCCAGCAAAAUGUGCAUUUGUUGCAGCAAUACUGCAAUCAGCGAAGAUGCACUUAGUAUAUACGCCAGAUAAUUCUGCGGCUGUACUUCUUCUGGUCUGUGGAGGAAUGGUUGGUUUUUCAUGUGGGGUGUGCCUCUACAAAGUUACAUCGCCGACUGCCGGCCUGACAUGCACACUACAGCGUUUUCAGUCCUUCCAGUGUUCCAAUGAAAAUGCAGAUUUUUUUCCACUCUGUUGUUGUGUAAACCUAACAAGGCAAAUGAAAAGCUUUUGUAUGGGGCCUGCAUCUGCAUAUUUAAGAUGGAAAUACUUUGAGUUGUUAAUAAGAUAAAGAAAUGUCAGCUAAAACUAGUGAUUUUUUUGCAGCCUCUCCAUUGAAAACAAACAGAAAAAUCCCAUAACAAAAAAGCAGCAACCACAGCGACUGUACACUAAAUUUCUACAACGGCUGAUUUUUCAACAACUGCAGCAUUUAUCGUUUUUCUUCAAAGGUUUCUGAACACGAACCUGUGGAUCCGGGAGGACCAAACAGACUGACAAUGAGGGAAGAUGCACUUUUUUUUUGCACCCAACCUCGGUUUCCUUCAGACACUUUGACUUGUACAAUGAUCGCGAAGCUUUAUAGGUUGCCGUUUUCUUUUUCUACUUGAUGCACAAAGGAUCUGCUCACUUUGUGCCAUCAGAAGGAAUGCACUGUACUGUUUUAGAAUCCAGCUCUCCGACUUCUUCUCCUCCUCUUCUUCUUUCGUAGUGAGGGUUGCACAAUUACUCUACGUAAAAUAAUACAAACACUACCAUUAGAAAGUUUGGGGUCACCUGAAAAUGUUCUUAUUUUAGAAAGAGAGGCAGUUUUAUUCAAUUAAGAUGACAUUAAAGUAAUCAGAAAGGCAUUGUUCAUGUUUAUUCUAGCUGGAAUCGGCUGAUUUUUAAUGGAACAUUUCCAGCAACCAUCACUCCUGUGUUCUAAUGCUACAUUGUGUUAGCUAAUGGGGUUGAAAGGCUCAUUGAUGGUUAGAAAACCCUUCAGCAGUUAUGUUAGCACAGGAAUAAAAGUGUGAGUUUUCAUGGAAAACAUGAAAUUGUCUGGGUGACCCCAAAAUUUUAAAUGGUAGUGAAUAAAGUUGACAUUCAAGGAAACAGCCUUUUACUUCAAAGGUAACGUGCUGCUGUAUAGUUUGUCAUGGUUUCAUGUUGUAGCAUGCUCGGUUUCCACCGUGGAUUAUUUGGAUUAAUGAUGAGGGUGGAAACAGACUUUAGCACCACCUGGAAAAACCCUGCUGUUGAUUAGAGCUGAGAAAAACCAUUAAAGAAAAGCAGACUCAGCUGAUUUAUGCCCUAAUUGUGCAGCCCUGACUAUAGUAUCCUGGUAUUUAGCGUCUGAGCCUCCUCUGUGGAGUGCAGUCCAGUAGAGGGAGGCAGGAGUGAUGGUUUAAAUGCAAUGUUUAAAUGUUUCUUCCUUUAGCUUCUGCUGCCGAGGCUGCGGUCCAGGUUCCGGCGUGUCGACUAUCAGCGGAGGCGGAAUCAAAAUGUGACUGAUGCUGCGGGGUUUGAGGAACACGACAAGAGGUUUCAACGGUAGCACAUCUAACAGAAGCACUCUCAGGGCUCAAAGUUUCACCAAAACCCAUUUCAGGGGCCUCAAUGACAAAAGGAGCCAUUUUUCUUGUGAAAUGAGCGAAAGAUUAGAAGUGCUUUGGAGGAAUGAAGUGCUUGUGUACUUUUUCUACCUCUCCACAAACCUGCCUCUGAACCUAAAGUCCAUUUUGUGGUGUGAAAAAUCAUGAGAUCCCAUCACGUCUUCCUCCUCUGAAUCAGCACUGAGUGCAGAGAGCCUGUAUGCACAAAUUCCCAGACGCCCUCGUUUCUCACCGUGCAUUCCUUGGCUUUUUUCUUUUCUUUGUCUUUUAUUUUGUAGGGCCUGCUGUCUAUAUAUAGCUUUCCUGACAUGUGAUGCAACAUUGAAAACAAUUUUGAAGAGUAUGCAAUUACAUAAGGCACAUUUGUAUUACGCUUUCACACCUUUUCAUCGUUUCUUAAAACACAGAAUCACGUUUAAAAGUGCAUUUUGUUCCGAUCAUUACGUGUAUUUUAUUCCAACGCAGAGGACCGGAUAAGGGUACGGCUGUGCAGUGAACACUAAAAGCUGCCACGGGCCUGAAUAUUAUGCAUAUCGAGGCCUUGCACAGGCCUGCGGAUGGCAGUAGAGUCGACCUGCAGCAGUUUUGGGUCUGAAUAGUUGUUAACCAAGUGGCUACUUAAUAAAGGGAAUUACUGUAUCUGACAGAGUUUGUGUGUGUUUGGGAUAUAAAUGGAGUGUUGCAAGUUUUUUAAAAACAUGGAUUUUCAUUUUAGCCUCACUUGAAAUAAACUGCAAUUCAAACUAAA